AUGGAAGAACCCCAAAAAAAGAGAGACAAGCAAUCUAAUGUUGUCAUUAGGUUCAUUGGGACCGUUUACAUUUAUUUCCUCAUAGUAUUAGCAAUGACGCUUGCUCUUGUCUCGCAAAUAGUAUGCUUUGUUUUGUUCUUCCCCCUAAUUAUAUGCAGCAAAAAGGCGCGCGUAACGAUAUUUGGCUACUGCUUUAGGAUUUCCAUGUCCCUUAUAUUAUCCCCAUUGAAUCCAUUUUGGAAAUUAAAAAUAAUCAGGAAACCGAAGAAGGGAUACAACCCAUCCAAAACUCUCCUAUUUAUCAAUCACUUGUCUUCUCUAGACCCGUGGGUAAUGAAUUCAGCUACGGUACAAUGGAAUGUGAAGUACGUUUUUAAGGCCUCAUUAUUCCGAAUACCCAUUGCAGGACAGGCAUUAUACUUGGGAGGGGACAUUCCAAUUUAUUUUACCAAAGGGAAAGGUGGAUGGGAAGUUAAGCCAGGAAGUGUAGCGGAGGUUAUGAAAACAUGUAAAGAGUACCAAAAUAUGAACAUAGGAACAGUUGUAUUUCCAGAAGGAACACGUUCUCUUAGUGGACAGUUACAAUUUUUCAAACCAGGUUUUUUUAAAUUCGCAAUAGAAAAUAAUUGUGAAAUAUUGCCAUGUGCAUUACAUGGAACUCGAAAUUUGUGGAAAGUCAAAUCCAAGUUGUUCGAAAUCGGAACUGCGUAUUUAUCUUUUGGAGAGCCUUUUUAUCCGACCCCUGGAAUGACUGUCGAUGAGUUGAAAGAGAAAACGAGAAAUGCCAUUUUCGAAUUGAUUAAGCAAUUCCCCGAUUAUGAUCCAGAGACGGACAAAUUAGCAACUGAAAUGACGAGAUCGAGAGGACACGGCCUGUAG